UGAAAUCUCUUUUGUAAUCAGCUAAUCUUCACUAUGAUGAUAAAAGUUGCUUUUCUGUGAAGCUUUUGAGCUUCAAUUAUCUGGAGGUUUUUAAGAGUGGGGCAAAAACUAUUCUGUAAGAAGGAUUGGGAGAAACUAUGGCUUACAACCGAAGAGGGUCCGAUCAGCACCAGCCGCCACCUGGGCGGCUACUGCGGACUCAAACCGCUGGUAGUUUGGGUAUGGACUCUAUGAUGGACAGUGAGGUGGUGCCUUCAUCUCUUGCUCAGAUUGCACCUAUCCUUCGUGUUGCUAAUGAAAUUGAACCUAUCAAUCCAAGAGUUGCCUACCUUUGUCGGUUUUAUGCCUUCGAGAAAGCCCACAAACUAGAUCCAACAUCAAGUGGACGUGGUGUUCGCCAAUUCAAGACUCUCCUACUUCAACGCCUAGAGAAGGAAGACAAAGCAACAUUUGCAGGACGAACAAAGAGUGAUGCUCGUGAAAUGCAGAGUUUUUAUCGACAUUACUUCGGGAAGUACAUUCAUGCCUGGCAAAAGGCUGAUAAAGCUGACCGCACUCGGCUUACAAAAGCUUAUCAGACUGCUGCAAUUCUGUUCGAGGUUUUAAAGGCUGUUAAUCUGACAGAGUCUGUAGAGGUGGCAGAUGAGAUUUUGGAAGCUCACACUAAGGUUGCUGAGAAAACAGAGAUGUAUGUUCCUUAUAAUAUUCUUCCACUUGACCCUGACAGCUCAAAUCAAGCAAUAAUGAGAUAUCCAGAGAUUCAAGCUUCUGUUUCUGCACUACGUAAUACAAGGGGACUUCCGUGGCCCAAGGGCUACAAGAAGAAAGAAGAUGGGGACAUUCUGGAUUGGCUACAGGCUAUGUUUGGUUUUCAGAAAGAUAAUGUCUCGAAUCAGAGAGAGCACUUAAUCUUGUUGCUCGCAAAUGUUCACAUUCGCCAAUUCCCAAAGCCUGACCAGCAACCUAAGCUGGAUGAUUGUGCGGUUACUGAAGUUAUGAAGAAACUUUUUAAGAAUUACAAGAAGUGGUGCAAAUUUUUGGGUCGCAAAAGUAGUCUUUGGUUGCCAAAUAUUCAACAAGAAGUGCAACAAAGGAAAUUGUUGUACAUGGGUCUGUAUCUUCUCAUAUGGGGUGAAGCUGCAAACUUGAGAUUUAUGCCAGAAUGCCUUUGCUAUAUCUAUCAUCAUAUGGCGUUUGAAGUAUAUGGUAUUCUGGCUGGUAGUGUUAGUCCUGUGACUGGUGAGGAUAUUAAACCUGCAUAUGGGGGUGAAAAAGAGGCAUUCUUGAGGAAAGUGGUGACUCCUGUCUACAAUACAAUAGCGCAGGAAGCUAAAAAAAGCAAAGGGGGAAAGACAAAACAUUCUCAAUGGAGAAACUAUGAUGACCUAAAUGAAUACUUCUGGUCAGAUGAGUGUUUUCAUCUGGGAUGGCCAAUGCGUGAAAAGGCUGAUUUCUUUUGUCAGUCUCAUGAUGAUGUAAGUAUUGAUAUACUUUUGGAAAAAAAACCUGCUACAAGUGAUCGGAUAGGAAAAAUCAAUUUUGUUGAGGUAGAUUCAUAUUGGCAUAUCUUUAGGAGCUUUGAUAGGAUGUGGAGCUUUUUCAUUUUAUGUUUGCAGGCAAUGAUCAUCAUAGCAUGGAAUGGAUCGGGUGAACUAAGUUCUAUCUUCAAUGGAAUCGUGUUCAAGAAAGUGUUGAGCAUUUUCAUAACAGCAGCAAUAUUGAAACUUGCACAAGCUGUUAUUGAUGUAGUUAUGAUGUGGAAAGCAAGGUUCAGCAUGUCAUAUUAUGUCAAACUUCGAUAUAUUCUGAAAGCUCUUUCUGCAGCAGCUUGGGUGGUGGUUUUACCGAUAACAUAUUCUUAUAGUUGGAACAAUCUCUCUGGGGUUGGAGAGACCAUUAAGAACUGGUUUGGCAAUGGACCAAGUUCACCUUCUCUGUAUAUUUUAGCUGUUGUUAUCUACUUGUCUCCAAACAUCCUUUCUGCGCUAUUAUUCCUCCUACCAUUUAUACGUCGGAAUCUUGAGAAAUCAGACUACAAAAUUGUGAGGUUCAUGAUGUGGUGGUCACAGCUUUCACUCUAUGUCGGAAGGGGAAUGCAUGAAGACCCUGUCUCCCUUGUCAAGUACACUAUAUUCUGGGUUCUCCUCAUAAUGGCAAAGUUAGCUUUCAGUUACUACUUAGAGAUAAAGCCUCUAGUGGGCCCAACGAAAGCAAUUAUUCGGCUACACAUAAGACGUUAUGAAUGGCAUGAGUUCUUUCCUCAAGCUAAAAGCAAUAUUGGCAUUGUGAUUACACUCUGGGCUCCUAUCAUUCUUGUUUAUUUCAUGGAUACUCAAAUUUGGUAUGCCAUAUUUUCCACUAUAUUUGGUGGUAUUUACGGUGCAUUUCGGCGUCUUGGAGAGAUUCGAACUUUAGGGAUGUUAAGAAGCCGCUUUCAGUCAUUGCCGAGUGCUUUUAAUGACUGCUUAAUUCCAGCAGAAAAUAGUGACAGGAGUAAGAAGGGACUCAAGGCCACUCUAUCCCGUAGAUCUGCUAAGGUCCCAACCAAUAAAGAGAAGGAGGCAGCAAGGUUUGCUCAGAUGUGGAAUAAAAUCAUUACAAGUUUCAGGGAGGAAGAUUUGAUAAGCAAUAGAGAAAUGGACCUUUUACUCAUGCCAUACUGGGCUAAUCUUGACUUGGAUCUUAUUCAGUGGCCUCCAUUUUUACUUGCUAGCAAGCUUCCAAUAGCCUUGGACAUGGCAAAAGACAGUAACGGCAAGGACCGUGAAAGAGAACUGCAAAAAAGGCUGAAUGCAGACAGUUAUAUGCUCUGUGCCGUUCAGGAAUGUUAUGCUUCAUGCAAAAAUAUUUUAAAUUAUCUUGUUCUAGGGAAUCGUGAAAAGGAUGUUAUGACAGAGAUUUUCAACAAAGUUGACCAUCAUAUACUGGAGGGAGAUCUCAUAAGUGUGUUGAAUAUGAAUGCCCUGCCUAGCCUUACUGAUCACUUCAUCCAGCUUAUAGAGUUCUUGAUAAAAAAUGAAGCAAGUGACAAGGAUGAUGUUGUAAUUGUGCUACUUAACAUGCUGGAGGUGGUGACCCGAGACUUAAUAGAUGACCCAAUUACAAGCUUGCUGGAGCCAAGUGACGGUGGAUCUUAUGAGGGUAUUAUACAACAAGAUAAACAUUAUCAGAAGUCCUUUGCGGCCCUUAAUUUUCCUGUUACAGAAGAAACAGAAGCUUGGAGAGAGAAAAUUAGAAGGCUUCAUCUCUUGCUUACUGAAAAAGAAUCUGCUAUGGAUGUACCAUCAAAUUUGGAAGCCAGGAGGCGCAUAUCUUUCUUCUCAAAUUCAUUGUUUAUGGACAUGCCCGUGGCACCCAAAGUUCGAAAUAUGAUAUCUUUCUCGGUCCUGACUCCUUACUACAACGAGGAUGUUCUUUUCUCUGUGGAUACCUUGGAAAAGCCAAAUGAAGAUGGAGUUUCCAUCCUUUUCUACUUGCAGAAAAUUUACCCAGAUGAAUGGAACAAUUUUCUAGAGCGAGUAGGACAUAGCAAUGAAGAUGAACUGAAAGGAAGCCCAGAGUCAAUAGAACAACUUCGCCUUUGGGCAUCAUAUAGAGGCCAAACGCUUACCAAGACUGUACGAGGCAUGAUGUACUAUCGGCAAGCAUUGGAACUUCAGGCUUUCCUUGACAUGGCAAAGGAUGAUGAGUUAAUGAAAGGUUACAAGGCUGCUGAAUCUAACACAGAAGAAUAUUUAAGGAAUGAAAGAUCACUACUUGCACAAUGUCAAGCAGUGGCAGAUAUGAAGUUCACAUAUGUGGUGUCGUGCCAACAAUUUGGCAUCCAGAAGAGAGCGGGUGAUGCUUUUGCUCAGGACAUUUUAAGACUUAUGAGAACGUAUCCUUCUCUUCGUGUUGCCCAUAUUGAUGAGGUGGAAGAAACGAGCGAUGAUAAAUCAAAAACGCAAGUUGAAGUAUCUUACUAUUCAGUUCUUGUGAAAGUUGUACCAAAGUCUACUGAUGCAUCCGACCCAUUUCAAAACUUGGAUCAGGUUAUAUAUCGCAUAAAACUUCCAGGACCAGCCAUAUUGGGUGAGGGAAAACCAGAGAAUCAAAAUCAUGCCAUAAUUUUUACUCGUGGAGAAGGCCUGCAGACAAUAGACAUGAACCAGGACAACUACAUGGAAGAAGCCUUUAAAAUGAGGAAUUUGCUUCAAGAGUUUCUAAUCAAACAUGGUGUUAGAACCCCAACUAUACUUGGACUUAGGGAGCAUAUAUUCACUGGCAGUGUUUCUUCACUUGCGUGGUUCAUGUCAAACCAAGAGACUAGUUUUGUAACAAUUGGACAAAGAUUGUUGGCAAAUCCAUUAAAGGUCAGAUUUCACUAUGGGCAUCCUGAUGUGUUCGAAAGGCUAUUUCACCUGACGAGAGGGGGUAUCAGCAAGGCUUCAAAAAUCGUCAACCUGAGCGAAGACAUAUUUGCAGGUUUCAAUUCAACGUUACGUGGAGGAAAUGUGACUCAUCAUGAAUACAUACAAGUUGGUAAGGGAAGAGAUGUGGGGCUGAACCAGAUCUCAUUGUUUGAGGCAAAAAUAGCGAAUGGAAACGGGGAGCAGACGAUGAGUCGUGAUGUAUAUAGGCUUGGACACCGUUUUGAUUUCUUUCGCAUGCUCUCAUGCUAUUUCACUACUGUCGGAUUCUACUUCAACACACUGCUCACUGUGCUUAUCGUAUAUGUGUUUCUUUACGGGCGCCUUUAUCUCGUACUCAGUGGACUUGAAAGAGAAUUAAGUACGAAUAGAGAAGUUGCGAAAAAUAAACCCCUUCAAGUAGCUCUCGCUUCACAAUCUUUUGUUCAAAUCGGCUUUCUUAUGGCACUUCCAAUGAUGAUGGAAAUAGGGCUUGAAAGAGGGUUCCGAAGAGCAUUUACUGAUUUCGUUCUAAUGCAACUACAACUAGCUUCCGUCUUCUUCACAUUUUCGCUUGGAACAAAGACCCAUUACUACGGAAGAACAUUGCUUCAUGGGGGUGCACAAUACAGAGGUACAGGCCGUGGAUUCGUUGUGUUUCAUGCUAAGUUUGCGGAGAAUUACAGGCUCUACUCUCGCAGCCACUUUGUCAAGGGAAUAGAACUUCUCAUCUUACUUGUUGUAUAUGAAAUAUUCGGUGAAUCCUACAGAAGUUCAGUUGCAUAUAUACUGAUUACGGUAUCAAUGUGGUUUAUGGUGGGGACCUGGCUUUUCGCUCCCUUCCUUUUUAACCCGUCUGGAUUUGAGUGGCAAAAAAUUGUCGAUGACUGGAACGACUGGAGUAAAUGGAUAAGCAACCGAGGAGGGAUCGGUGUCUCUGCAGAUAAAAGUUGGGAAUCGUGGUGGGAGAAGGAGCAAGAGCAUCUUGUUUCUGCUGGGCUAAGGGGUACUAUUAUGGAGAUCUUGUUGGCACUUCGCUUCUUCAUCUAUCAGUUUGGACUUGUUUAUCACCUGAACAUAACAAACAGCAAAAGUUUUCUGGUUUAUGCGAUAUCAUGGCUUGUGAUCUUUGCAGGACUUCUUGUAAUGAAGGUGAUGUCAUAUUGUAGAAAGUCUCUUAGUAAUGACUAUCAGCUUGCAUUCCGGUUGAUCAAGGGAUUAAUCUUCGUCACUUUUCUUUCUAUCCUCAUCACCUUAAUUGCACUACCUCAAAUGACACCCAAGGAUAUUAUAGUAUGCGUUCUAGCUCUAAUGCCUACCGGUUGGGGAAUGCUACUGAUCGCACAAGCUCUGAAGCCAUUUUUGAGACGAACUGGAUUGUGGGCAUUUGUUAGAACGCUAGCGCAAUAUUAUGAAAUAAUAAUGGGUUUGCUUCUAUUCACCCCUGUUGCAUUUUUGGCUUGGUUCCCAUUUGUGUCAGAGUUUCAAACACGAAUGUUGUUCAACCAAGCAUUUAGCAGAGGGCUACAGAUCUCUCGUAUUCUUGGUGGUGGCCAAAAGAAAGAGCGAUCCUCCCGCAACAAGGAUUGAGUGAAUAUUCCCUUUCCUUUGCUUAUUCAAAACUACAAUUUACAUGUUUGUAAUAGUUAAUACCAUCUUUUUUUCUGGGAUAGGUUGGGUGAAUUACAUGUGUUUAAAGAUAGUGUUUAUGCAAGUCAGGGUCUUCUGUUAGAAUGGCUUUAAAUUCCUUAGAGGUCUGUUGUUUAUGGAAUAGCUAUAUACCUUUGUAAGGAGAAAUUUGAGUUCCUAUACUUAAUAUACCACUUAUAUCCAAAAUAUGCUCUCAUGUUGCCCUUAUCUGGAAAAUAUGUUUAGCUUUUAUUUUCUUUAACGAAUAUCCCACCAUUCAUUUUAUAUUCUCUCUAUGUUUCUGUCUUCUCUCUCCUCCUAAAAGCAAGUAGAUCGGACAUUUUUAACAUGAAACGUAAUAAGAC